CGAUGAUUGUAUAUCUAUAUUGUCCGAUGCGGUAUAGUUUCCAGUCCGUUCUAGGUGACGUUUUUGAACACGUGAAAGAUGUCGCAUCUUCAAACGUCCGCGGGCAACUGCAGACACGGCGCGCAUGCGUACAAGCUGGCCAAGUUAAUUUCCGGGAGUGCCGCCGCGCUCAACGCCUUGGUUUCGCAUUACGGCAACACUAGCGCUCCGAGCUUCGUCACCGCGUCCAAUGGCCCCGGGCCGAUUUCGGCCAACCUGGACGGCUGCGCCGCAUCAGUUCCCGCUGGCAACGUGUUGCAGCCGGAUAUGUGUGGCCCCCCGGACGAAUCACCACCGGGCGAAGCCGUGCGGCCAGUUUCGAUUCUUCGCCGCUCUUCGCGGGUGGCUCCGGAAGCGCCGUCCGGAGAGUCGCCGCAAAGUGAAACUGAAGCCAAGAAAAAACCCCGGAAGCGGGUGCGAGUGGUCUCGCCCCCCCCAGAGGAUAGCGUCAGGAGUGCGCCGUUGAUCUCCCGCAGCACGGACGGGCUCUCAUCUCCGCGAGGCUCGGAACAAUGCACUAGUGGCUCGGCCGAGCCCGAGAAUUCGUAUUUCCUCGCGGCCCAAAGUGCUCUCGAGACUGUGAGCCUAUUCGAAGAGGAUGCGUGUUUACUUCGUAUCAUUGGGGCCACUGAUUCCACCGAAGUCCACCAGCAUUUAACCGACCCGGUGGAUGCGACCGUGUCCGGAUCCGGAUUCAGUGCCGGUACUCGAUUAGCCCUGGAGUCCCAACUUCUCUCUCCAUGGCGCCCACCGAGGUUGACGUUAUCUAAGGAAGACCACCAAAGUCGCGCAGGAGCAGGACCCGUCGCGCGGAGCAAGGGGUCUCCUACGGACAGUGGAGCCCCGAUUCUUGCUGAUUUAUUCAUGACUCCAAGGGAAGCAAAGCGGGCAAGAUUUGCAAGUCAAGACGGGCUGCAUCAACAACCAGCGUCGCCCGAUACGCCGCACGGCGCUGCACUUGUUUGCGGAGCGGCGCAGCCAGCGCAACCCUACAAACUACCAAACGGCAGCAGUGAAGACCCAAACCAAAAGCAGAGCUCGGCCGGCUGCGACGGGAAAGAAGACGAGCAAGGUCGUAUCGCGACUGUCACGACUUCGCUGGAAAACAACACUGGGGUCGCGUCGGCGGCAGUGGACGCUUCUGCCACGAAAAACGGAGGAAGUGGUAGCGAAGAUGAACCGGAACCCUUUCCGCCAAGUGGUUUCAGUAGCGCGUGUCGGGAAUUUCAGAAUGUGCCCGGUGUUUUCGUUUUUGGUCGAGGAUCGGACCUAAGCGGGUUCUCUACCGCGGCGAAAAAUAUUGCAAAGAAUCCAGCAAAGACACCGGUGGAGCAGGCGGACACGAAGGUCAGUGAUGCCGCCGACAACACACAAGGUUCGGCUCCGGAAGCAUCUUCUGCUGUCGUCGAAGCUUGCAAGUCUUCCUCUCUGACUCGGAGAGGAAGCUCUCGUGAGCUCUGUCGUCGGCA